AUACCCAUUCGAUUCUCGCGCAGAGGAUCUGGUAUCUAGUUUUACAGCAGCGACUUACCCACUCACCAGCGGCGGCAUCCCGAGGAUCCCCACCGCUAUCAGCCCCGCCACGAGCCCUUCGUUCGACUACAGAGCAGCGCCUGUAGUCGUCGGUCUCUGAACCUCCCAAUCAUGGCUGACAAAGGUCUUGAGGAUGUGCCUGAGGGCCAGAUCGAGUCCAACUACGAUGAGACGACGGACUCCUUCGACGCGAUGAACCUCAAGGCGGAGCUCCUCCGCGGAGUCUACGCCUACGGUUUCGAGCGCCCCUCCGCCAUCCAGCAGCGCGCCAUCAUGCCCGUCAUCAAGGGCCACGAUGUUAUCGCGCAAGCCCAGUCAGGUACCGGUAAAACGGCUACCUUCUCCAUCUCCGUCCUCCAGAAGCUGGAUCCCAACAUCAAGGCCUGCCAGGCGCUCAUCCUCGCCCCCACCCGCGAGCUUGCCCAGCAGAUCCAGAAGGUUGUCGUCGCCAUCGGCGACUUCAUGAACGUCGAGUGCCAUGCGUGCAUUGGUGGUACCAGCGUUCGUGAUGACAUGAAGGCUCUGCAGGAGGGACCCCAGGUCGUCGUUGGCACGCCCGGACGUGUCCAGGACAUGAUCCAGCGUCGCGUUCUCAAGACGGACCACAUGAAGAUGUUCGUCCUCGACGAGGCCGACGAGAUGCUGUCUCGCGGUUUCACCGAGCAGAUCUACGACAUCUUCCAGCUCCUGCCGCAGUCCACCCAGGUCGUCCUCCUGUCCGCCACCAUGCCCCAGGACGUGCUCGAGGUCACCACCAAGUUCAUGCGCGACCCCGUGCGUAUCCUUGUCAAGAAGGACGAGCUCACCCUCGAAGGUAUCAAGCAGUUUUAUAUUGCCGUCGAGAAGGAGGAUUGGAAGCUCGACACCCUCUCUGAUUUGUACGAGACCGUCACCAUCACCCAGGCCGUCAUCUUCUGCAACACCCGCAGGAAGGUCGACUGGCUCACCGACAAGCUCACUGCCCGCGACUUCACUGUCUCGGCUAUGCACGGCGACAUGGACCAGGCCCAGCGUGAUAUCAUCAUGAAGGAGUUCCGAUCCGGCUCUUCCCGAGUCCUCAUCGCCACCGACCUCCUUGCCCGUGGUAUCGACGUCCAGCAGGUCUCGUUGGUCAUCAACUAUGACCUACCCGCUAACCGCGAGAACUAUAUCCACCGCAUCGGUCGUGGCGGUCGUUUCGGCCGAAAGGGUGUCGCCAUCAACUUCGUUACCGCCGAGGAUGUCCGCAUGAUGCGCGAAAUUGAGCAGUUCUACAGCACCCAGAUCGAGGAGAUGCCCAUGAACGUUGCCGACCUGAUCUAAGCGCUUCGAUUCUACGACUCCGAUCCAACUUACCUGCCGGAGAGAUUUGGUUGGCGAAUUGGGUUAGUCUGUGCUUUCACUAAUUCGGGGCUUGCCUGCUUGGUCAGGCACUGUUCCUUCGCUUUAUUCCAGCACAAAAGCAGCUCGAGGUGAGACGUGGUGGAUCUCUACAUUCGUGGCAUCUCGGCGUUUGUCAAUUUUCGUGUGCAAACUCCUUCGGAAAGGCUUUUAGAAAAGUGCGGCGGAUGCUCAGUUUGCGAGUGUCUUUUUUAGUGUCUCUUUCUUUCACUCAUAGGCUUUCCUGUAUUCGAGGAUCUGCUGCGAGGGUUUGGUUAUCAUGGCUUGUGAGCGCGAUGGGAUACCCUUUCCAUGGCUCUGCUGGUCACUGAUGACGGUAAUGACUACUCUUACACGAUAUAGAUACGGUUGCGAAUGCA